AUGAUCUGCUGUUCUGCUUCCAUUGAAGUCGAGUGUGCGUCGAAGAACACACAACUCACCCCUAACCCACAAGAUGAUGGGGAUACGGGUUGGAAACGUGAGACACAAACACAUGAGCAGAAAAGCACAAGUCGAAUUGAGGAGGAUGUCUACCGUCACGGGACAGUGCAGUCCAAAUUAUCAAAGUUAACGGAUGGCGCCUUAACCCAUGAUGAAGACCUACACUCUAGCCAUCAAAAUCCCAAGACACAGAAGUACAUUAGCGCCAGCCUAUCGCUGUCAGAGGCAGCCACAUCCAUCUACCCAGGUGACAGGGCCACUGUUGACGAGCAGGUCAGCCCACAGGUUUCCAGCACAGACUCUGACAGCGACUAUGAACUUUGCCCAGAGAUAACCCUAACCUACACCGAGGAGUUUUCAGAUGAUGACCUGGAGUAUCUGGAAUGUUCCGACGUUAUGACGGAUUACUCUAAUGCAGUUUGGCAAAGGCACCUGGAGGGGACUGAGUGCAUUUUUUUAUUAGAAAGCGAUGACGAAGAGGUGGAAUUCAGCAAGUAUUGCCUGGGGGAGCAUGAGCCUUUCUUCAGUGAAAUGGGUUGUGGGCCUCCGGUGUCAGAUAACACUGGGCAGAUGUUGGCCUCCGCAGGCUUCUGUGGUGAUCACUCCGGAUCCCAAGGAGUGAGGGUAAGGCGUCUCCGAGCCUCCACCCCCAGCCCCCGAGCCCCACACACAGGGAUGACUCUGACUCUGGGAUCUCACGAGGAUGGGACGUCUACGGUGACAGAGCAGGGGAGAUAUAAGCGACCCACCACUUCUGCCGAAAAUGAUUAUCCAGGAAUUCAAGGCGAAACCAGAGACAGCCACCAAGCAGGAGCGGAACUCGCGGGCGACAAUCUGCUAACCAUGGAUAAAGCAGUGACACCGGGAGAGGUGCAGCGCUUGUCUGGUGAGUUAGAAAAGCCAGGGAUGCACCAGAGUUUGGAGACGGUGCCCAAGGACAAAGGAGGGGAAAAGGAUUUACAGAGCAAGAGGAGCUCAGAGAAACCUGCCCAGGCACGGCGACCAGGCCUGAAGGGAAAACCCAAGAAGCGGAGUCCCAGCCUGAAAGACAGCGCAGCAGAAGGCGCCCUCAAUCACCUCCCUCCCCAGGAGUCUGCUGAGCACCCCCGAACCCAGAGCGAUAAAAAGGAGCGUUCGCAUGCCACAGGGGAAGCUCCCGAUCUGAAGUCUCAGGUCCAUGCAGAAAGGGCUCUUCUACCCCAAGCAGAGCAAGAUGCAAAAAGGCUGCAACCCCCCCCAGGCGCUCCCCCCCGGGAAGGGAGCCCGAACUCGGAGGGCGAAGGGGUGCAGGUUAAUGACUUCUGUGAAACAAGCUGGGCUCCAGACCAGAGUGAUCAUCCUCAGGUGCAAACUCAGGAACCAGUCAGGGAGAGACUCUCUCUCAGCCCGAUGCCAGCUUUCUCAGAGCCUGCUGGGGAGGAGUCUGCAUUUACUGGGACCACAACAGGUGUUUUCCCCAACUUAGGAGGGGCUGAUGAGGAAAAUGCAUCAUUGACCCAAUACCUGGAGAUAGAAAGCUGUACUCAAGGCCCACAGCGUGAAGAAAACCAAGACAGAGAAGACAACACACCUGGACAUUCCUGGGAAGACCCAGGACAUGAGCUGAAUCUCCCAGAAGCCAAUCAUGCAACUAUGUCCCCCUGUGAGCUGUCAGUGCAUCUCCGUCAGGAGGGCAGUGAUGGUCCCAGGGAGCCCGAGGCUCUCUCUGUUGCUUCCCCUGCACCUGCAGAUGUUGCCCCCACCCUGGAAGCUGUGUGCCGUGGGCCAGGGGGCAGAGAAGCAGAGUGUUUGAUGGAGCGUCUUGAAGCAGGCGACCAAGGAACAGGUGACACCAUGGGUGCUCCUGCCAGAGCCCCAGUUCAUAAAUAUUCACCUCAAGAAAUUUGCUCCAUGGACUUAGAGCUGGCAGAGGGUCAAAGCCAAAUACCUGAUUUAUGUGUUCCUGAUGACCAGACACUGGAUGUUGUUCUUCAAACACAAGGUUCUGAGCCUCUACACUCCACAGAUAAAAGCAACAAGGGUGAAGACUCAGUCGUGUUUCCUGCACCUGGUGAUGCCCUCGCCUGGGACAUUUCACAAAAAGCCAGUGAGGAAUCCACAGGGGAACAUCUGGCCAAGGUGGAGCAUUCCACCUCCACACCGGCCUCCACAAUGCAGGAGAGGCCGAGCCCCAGCAUCUCGGGAGGGCUUGAGGAGAGACAGCCUGUAUCUCCUGAGAAGUCUUUGGUGUGGUGCAAAGAAGGCGAUGAGAGCUCCAGCACCAGUGCCUUGGACACCGCAGACACACCAGCCAGUCACAGCUCAAUUGUGACCUUUCCUCAGGAGAAGCCAACAACAUUAACUGCUACUCCUGAGUGUCUUCAGGUGACCAGGGAGAAUGGGAACACACCAGCUGGUACCAUUGCCACCAAAGUCCACUCGGCCAAAUACCUCCCUGUAUCCAUUGCUGAGAACAGCCAUGUAGAUAGCCCCGAGGAGAGCUCAGCUCAGGUACCAGAAGGAAAUAUUUUUCAACUUCCUUCCAGUGUACAGCAGGGUCAUGUUUUAAAUGGCUCCACCACCGAAUCUCCCAAAGAACUUGGCAUGGCUCCCAGUGGACCAGGAGUCCAUGUCUGUGCUCCUCCGCCUCCCGAGGGAGAUUCCUGCAGCACUUCCCCUCUUCAGAUUGGGAACCAGGCUGGAGAUAAGAGCCAGACCGUGGACAGAGCAGACCACAGGAGCCUUGGAGAGCAUUUCCAAGAAAAGGGAAGUGAAACACAGAGGAUUCAGCCGGAGAGCCUGACCUACCAGGGUUCCCUUUCUGAAGAUAAUUUCCAAGAAAGUAGGCCUAUGACAUCUGCUGCACAAGGGGAGACAGACCUGUUGCCCAUGGACCCGUCAUUAGCAAACUCCAUGGAGGAAAGAAGUCAGAGCUCAGGCCUGGGGACUAGUGUGUCUGUGGUGGCCAAAGCAGCCGUGGAAGAUGACAGUCAGGCUGUGAGUAGUGCUCCGCCUCUCUCUCAGAGCCCCCUGGAGGGGUCUAAAGAGAGUGGAUCAGCACAUUGGGAAGCAGGCAAUAAGCCCAAGACUAUGACUGUAGAGGCUCCUGUCUCUGAGGUCUGGCCACCAAGUCAACUGACAGCUUCUGAGUGCGAGGAGUCAGAAGCUGGUGCCAAGACACCUGUCGGGGUCUGGGCUGUGGCUGCCUCGCUAACGGAAGGUGCUGCUGGGCCUGAACUGGACCCCUCUGAACCCGUAGCAUCGGCUGCCAGUCCCCAGGCUGAGGCGGGCUCAGCCCUUGCUAAGGACGGAGAGAUCUACGAAGGCAGAAAACCAGCCAGGCGUGCACAAUGGAGCUACCUUUCUUCCCGGUACUUGAGCCAACCCCGGUUCCUGGGGUCGUCUGUGGACCCUGUAGAUGAAGGUGUCACGGAUGGGCCAUCAGAGGCUUCCAAAACGGGACAGCAGGAAAAUGUUAGCAACGUGAGUCAAAGCCAAGAGGAAAACCAACCCGGCGUGGACCCCCCUGCCUUCUUUAAACAGUUUCUGCCCCACCCUGAAAUCCUCGAGUCCUCAGUAGAUCCCAUUGAUGAGAUGAGCGUGGUGGAGUGGGCCAGGGUGGAAACCCAGGAGCCUUCUGACUCCACCCUGGGGGUUGUCAGAGAGGAGAGUCAAUCAGAUGCUGGAAGCUUGGGCCAGAGAGUGGAAGUCCAACCCAUCAUCUCUCCAGGCCCAUGCCCCCAGCAAAGUGGGGAAACCAUUCCGAGCGAAAAUAGCACCAACAGAAGCCAAGAUGCCGGUGAGAGAGGGGAGGCUGAACACAGUCAGCAUGACAAAGCCAAAGGCGAAGUCCAGCCUGCCAUUUUGCAAGUCCCGUGUCUUGAUGAAGGUGGGGUGACAGUUCCAGGGGGAUGCAGCGGAAGCCAGGCACACGAAGGCCGCGAGAAGAGCCUGGGGGAGGCCGAGCAAAGUAAAAAGGACGCAGCAGGUGCCAUUUCCCCCACUUUACCUCUUUCCAGUGCUCCUGCAGUCCUGGCGCAGGCUUCUGUUGGAGUUGACACAGACAACACCGCAGGUCAAAUUCAUGCUAUCCCUGAGAACCAUUUAGUGGAGCCCAGAAACCAUCAACAUGCAUUUUCUGACUCAAAGGAGAAGGGAGAGAGAGAGAGUGAGUGUGGGAAACACUUGCCCUCUCCCAGUGGUCUUACUCAGCUGCCUUUUACUUCAUCCCCUGAAGGAAACAUAACAGACUUUUCAAUAAGCCACAAAAUUGAGGAACCUGAAAUAGAGGUGCCCCAAAGUGGGGAAACCAAACCCACAAGGGCAUCCAGCUCGCCAGCAGUGACUUUGGCGUUGGUUUCGGGAGAACGUGUGUCAGAGACAGCUCCUAACACGCUGCAGGACCCAUGGCACCUGGGCCCCACCCCGGGCCGUGGGAGAAAGUCAGGGGAGGGGAGGCCCCGUGGCAUGGCAGCCCCGACGGGAAGGUCCCCAGUACCUGCUUGGGAGGAAGUCAAGAAGAAGCAAGAAAUCACAGGAAGUGCACGUUUAGCUGAGGGAGUGAAGAGGAAAAUUCUGUCCAAGGUGGCUGCCCUGAGGCUGAGAUUGGAAGAAAGAGAAAACACCAGAAAGAACGGGAGCUUUCCUAAAAAGAUUCCUAAACUCGAAACAUCGGUGUCAGGCACGGAUGAGAACAAAGACCCCCAAAAGCCACCUUGCAAAAGGGACGGGAAAGCUCCAGUAUUACUGAGAAAGAUCCAAGCCGAGAUGUUUCCUGACCACUCUGGAGAUGUAAGAUUAAGCUGCCAGUUUGCAGAAAUUCAUGAAGAUUCUACCAUCUGGUGGACAAAAGAUUCAAAAUCAAUUGCCCAAGUGCAGAGAAGCGCAGGAGACAACUCCACUGUGUCCUUGACCAUCGUCCAAGCCAGUCAGAAGGACCAGGGCCUCUAUUACUGCUGCAUCAAGAACAGUUAUGGAAAAGUGACAGCUGAAUUUAACCUCACCACUGAAGUUCUCAAACAACUUUCCAGUCACCGGGACAUUACAGCAUGCGAAGAGAUUGAAUUCAGCCAACUUAUCUUCAGAGAAGACUUCCUCCAGGACAGCUACUUUGGGGACCGCCUGCGAGGUCAGAUCGCCACGGAGGAGCUGCACUUCGGAGAAGGUGUCCACCGAAAAGCCUUCCGCAGCAAAGUCAUGCAGGGCCUCAUGCCCGUCUUCCAGCCCGGCCACGCCUGCGUGCUCAAGGUGCACAAUGCCGUUGCCUAUGGGACCAGAAACAACGAUGAGCUCGUCCAGAGGAACUACAACCUCGCUGCCCAGGAAUGCUAUGUCCAAAAUACUGCCAGACACUAUGCCAAGAUCUACGCUGCGGAAGCACAGCCUCUGGAAGGCUUUGGAGAAGUGCCAGAGAUCAUUCCUAUUUUUCUCAUCCAUCGGCCUGAGAACAACAUCCCAUAUGCAACAGUGGAGGAGGAGCUGAUUGGAGAAUUUGUGAAGUAUUCCAUCAGGGAUGGGAAGGAAAUCAACUUCUUGAGGAGAGACUCAGAGGCGGGUCAGAAGUGCUGCACCUUCCAGCACUGGGUGUACCAGAAAACAGGUGGCUGCCUCCUGGUCACUGACAUGCAGGGUGUAGGAAUGAAGUUAACCGACGUUGGCAUAGCAACUUUGGCUAAAGGGUACAAAGGAUUUAAAGGCAAUUGUUCCAUGGCCUUCAUCGAUCAGUUCAAAGCGCUGCACCAGUGUAACAAGUAUUGUCAAAUGCUGGGGCUGAGAUCGCUUCAGAACAACAACCAGAAACAGAAGAAGCCAAGCGCCACGAAGGGCAAAAGUCAGUCGAACUCCACCACAGCGAAGAAGACGGCGUCCGGGGCCCCCGCAGACAAGAAGACCUAGCAGCGCGUCGGGACUAGAGCCGCGCCUGAGCGCCUGGGGGGACACUGGAAGCACCCAGGAGAGAGCACGGAGCCUGCAGAGGGGCCGUGACCACCCUUGUUCCCAGCUGCUUCUGAAGCCGGCACCGGCUGUCUUCUUUGACAUGAUUUUGGAGCCGGGUUUGUGACCAGACUUACAGAAACUGAAUCUAUUAGGGACGGUCCACCUUUGUAUGUACCUGUAGCAUUUUUACCAACCUCGAGUUCAUGUCGAUUUGUGUAUUUGCCCGUGGUUGUAUUGUCCGGGACUUGGUGCUGAGCAGGGUCUGUCCACAGCCCAAAUCCUCCCCACUCCCAUUCCUGACCUCGAGAUCUCUAGACACUCCCAGCUGCUAUUUAAACAGAACGUGUGAAUGCCUUUAUAAGGCCAAGUUGUCGCACUCAUGUCGCAUAUGCUGUUCUGGCUGGAGGUGGCUUUUUGAAACAUGAGGCCAUUUCCCAGCAUUAUUCACACAUCCAGUUAUAUUGUUCUGUUUCAUUAAAUUCAUAUUUAAAUGAAAAGUGUGAGACGCAUAUAUGAGCGCAGAAACUCGAUCUAUAGAAUUAGCGCCCAAUUCCACAUUCCCCUAGGAUUAGUAACUUAGUAAUUUGCUAAGAAGUUUACUGGCCCACAGAGCAUUUGCAUCUGUGUUUUUUGAUGAAUCAAAGUCCAUAGUUUACAUUAGGGGUCGCUGUGCUGCACGCUCUCUGAGUUUUGACACAUCUAAUGACAUAUAUUGCCUGUAACAGUAUCAUACAGAAUGUUUCACUGCCCUAAAAAUCAUUCCCUAGGCUCCUCCUAUUCAUCCCUCCCCGUAAAGCCAGACUGUUAUAUAGUUGGAAUCCCAGAGUAUUUAGCCUUUGCAGAUAGUUGGCUGUUUUUUAAGAUGGUUUCAAUGACUCCCUGAUCAUAUCGGGAAGAAUGGCGAGGCCGCUCUGAGCAGCGAGAUCGAUGCUUGUCAGGUUGGAAGUGCCUGCGAGUCACCUGUGACCUUGGGACAGUGCAGGUUCUGGCCUGGUAGGGCUGGCGGAGGCCUGAGAUGCUGUGUUUCCAGCACGCCCCAUGCUGGCCGUGGACCCCACCUAGAGACCGCAGGGAGGAGGGGCCUGGGAAGC